UAAGCCAGUCUUAUGCUUUGCACCUGUUACCUACCCCCCUUUUGCGCCCCUGCUGCCCACAAGGGGGCAGAUUUUAUUCCAGCGUCCCAUCAUGAAUUCAGUGGAAAACUUUUAUCAGAGCUGGAGACACCAGAGGAGCGCAAAACUUCAUCUGACUUGAGAUUCAAACUCUCUCUCUUCAACAUCAGAUCAUAACCCGGAGCUCAUCGCGUUAUUUUAACAACUAACCCACUGUAUUACUAUCACAUAAUGAUGUUUAGUUUAUUAUUUUGUCUGGUUUUAUUCGUUGGGUCAGUGCAGUCGGAUAAGCCGCGCGCACUGGAGAUGAGUCUGAUGGAGUCUUCCUCGCCCUCACUGGGUCACACGAGCUCCUCAUCAGCCCAUCAUCAUCAUCAUCAUCACAGAGAGGAAGAUAGUGAAGAUCUCACGACACGAGCGCAUCACUUCCAGAGAGUCCCACGCGGCUCAAAGCAGAAAGACCGACACGGCCAUCGACAACCGAGACCCCAUCCCGACCCGGACGGGUUCUUCACAACACCCAGAACUUUCAACGGGUCGCUGCGCGUGCACAACCCGUUAUACCCCCUGACGGAGGAGUCGUACAGCGCGUACGCGGUGAUGCUGCUGGCGCUUAUCGUGUUCUCUGUGGGUAUCGUGGGGAAUCUCGCGCUCAUGUGUAUCGUGUGGCACAAUUAUUACCUGAAGAACACGUGGAACUGUGUGCUGGCCAGUCUGGCCUUGUGGGACUUCAUGGUUCUGUUCUUCUGUCUGCCUGUGGUGAUCUUCAAUGAGCUGACCAAGAGAAGACUCAUGGGUGAUCUCUCAUGCAGAAUAGUGCCAUACGUAGAGGUGACAUCACUCGGUGUGACCACGUUCUCUCUGUGCGCUCUCAGCAUCGAUCGUUUCCACACGGUGACCAGCAUCCAGCCCCGUCCACGGCAGAUCGAGCCUUGUCAGUCUAUCCUGGCCAAACUAUCUGUGAUCUGGAUCGGGUCUAUGGUCCUGGCGGCUCCAGAGCUGCUGAUGUGGCAGCUGGUACAGGAAGUUUCUCCUCGGACGGGUCUUCCGGUGGAUUCCUGCAGUCAAGAGCCGUCUACGAACCUACCUGAGAUGCUGUACUCGCUCGUGCUGACGUACCAUCAGGCCAGAAUGUGGUGGACCUUCGGCUGUUUCUUCUGUUUGCCUUUGCUCUUCACCGCCGCCUGUCAACUGCUCACACGACACGUGACGGAUGAAAACGCCAAAACCAAACAGGCCCGACCAUCAUCAACCUCCUCUUCAUCCACAUCAUCGUCUUCAUCUCCUAAAAAACAGCAGCAGCGACGCGAGCGCCAGAUGAUGCAUACGGUAGUGACGUUGGCGGUCGUGUACGCCGUGUGCAGUUUACCAGAAAACGCUUGGAAUAUCGUGCUAGCGUCCGCAGGCAUCGAAGUGGGCGUGGCCACGCGGGCGUUACUGGCUCUCAUUGGUCAGUUCCUGUUGUUUGUGCGAGCAGGUGCCACGCCCGUUUUGCUGUUGUGCCUUUGUCGAUCUCUUGGACGAGGUUUCAUGGACUGUUGCUGCUGUUGUUGCGAUGAAUGCAUGCCUGACCCAUCUUCUUCAUCAACAGCAUCAUCUGGUACCACCAACGCUACGACUGUCUCAUCCUUGCCUUCGUCUCCUGUAUCCGUCAGGGAGGAUAAGCUAAAGAUAGUUUCAGGGGCAAUGUUUUUUGAUAAAGUUAAGGACGGUCCUGCUGAGCUGAUCAUCGGUACACCAUGCUGAAAGCGCCAGAACUUUUCUUCUGUUCAGAAUCUGCUGGGCUCCAGCACUGAAACAGUGAUCAUUUAUCCAAACUGUGAAUGAUUUAAGCUUCACAGUUUACAUUGUGAUGGAAUAGUUCACCCACUUCUGUGGAAAAUCAUUAUUAGUUUGGAUGCAACAAUGUAUUGGCCUAUAAUUGGUAGAUAAACGCAAUUUUCGGAUGUCGAAUUGGGUCACAAAGACAACAGAAUUGAAGUUUGUAUGCUCUGCACUUCUAAGAUUUUAGAGCAUAAUAAUUUGAACUAAGAGUAAAAGAAAAACUAUCAGUAUGUGUCAGUAUUGGUAAAUGACAUUCUAAUGGUGCGUUCACACCAGACGCAAAUGAAGCGAAUAAAUUGCGCUCUUCACACGUAAUUGGACACUUGAACAUUUUGCGUCAUUUGGGCAUGAAAUUCAGAUGCAAAUAUGUCUAUGCUAUUUUUGCAUUGACUUAAAACGUAAAUCUUAGCUAACGCUUCAUUCUCAUCUGGUGUGAAUGCUUCAUGUCAAUGUAUGUCAAUUUUAAUAUCCAUAAAUGUAUGUACAGCAAAUCACUUUAAAUGUCAUUUUUUUGUGUAAUAUAAGGUAGACGUUUAUUUCUGGUUAUACCACAGGUCUGUUGAAUGCUUUAUUUGAUUGGUUGAGAAAUGUUCCACAGGUGUUGAUUAUUUUUCUAUAAACGCACACCUAACCUGUCAAAUGUCUUAUAAUAACCACCAGAGAAAUGUCUGUUGUAACCGUGGUAUAAGAAGAAUAAUUGACUCCUGUCCUUUGAAUUAUUCGACAAUAACGCACACCCAUUGCGUAACUCCGCAUGUGCCGCAUUACCACCUUGGCUAUGCAUUAUUUUCUAAUAAUUCAACGGCCCGUUGUCAGUUAUUCCUUAUGUAAAGUAUUUUAAAUGUCCAUGUUUAUAAUAAAUACAAAGCUUUGUAUUUUAUACGAAUACAUAAACUCAACAAUUGUAACCAGGUGUAAAUGUAUUUGUUUUGUAUUAAUAACUAAUAGUUUGUUUAUGUGUAAAUAUUUUACUGCUGGAUGGAAAGUCAAGCAAACUUGAAAACAUUUCAAUGCAUUUUUUAUGCACUUAUUUUCGUCUUAUUAUUAAAUCAUCUGUCGUUUUUAAAGAACAUUUAUAGAGAAUAUGGAUUGAGAAACGGCCUCUUCAGAUGAACUUUUAUGUCUGAUCUGGAUGAUUAUUAUCAGACACACAUAUCAAAGACUGUCUGACUCUACGUCUGAUGUCAAUCUGCUGACCUGUGCCAGUUAUAGGAAAAUAAUACACUUUUGCAACUUUAACAUGUUAUUUAGAGUAUGAUUAUUAUAAUAGCUUAUGAAGAUGAUGUAGCUGAUCAGAUUUUUUGUAUCUUUUAUACUUGGUCGCCUUCAGCCAAUAAAAAAGAUUUUGAAAUCUUUUA